AUGACCUACUACACAGUGGAGGAGAUCACUGAUCGUCGCAUCAACGAGAAUGACGGCGCCAUCGAGUACGCCGUGAAGUGGGAGGGGGUUGCCGGCGAACUCACGUGGGAGAAGCGCCACCAGCUAACAGAGAACUGUGCAGAGACGGUGCAGGCAGUGGACCAGCGGUGCAUGGACGCCACCGAUGAGGAACUCGAACGUUGGCGCGACGGUAAAUGGAAGCGUGGCGCGAAACGAGCGCACGAUGCACCACCGCUAGUAGGCACCACAACGGAGCGGCGAAAACGCAGUCGAUCUGUCUCUCCGGCUGCAGGGGAGGACCUGGAGCAGGUGGAAGUAUUGAAUGGGCUUCUCCUUCGUCCCCCAUGCGGCGCCCAGAACGCCGAGGAGGAGGGGACGAUCCUGAUGCUGGGCGAGGUGGUCUUGGCGGAGGAGGCGUCGGCCAUCCUAAACGGCACCGGCAGCUACCGGAAGAAGUGUAGAACCGCAACCGUCAGCACCGCCGUCGCCUUUCACACCGCCCCGGCUCUAGACAUCGAGAAGCGCUGGCGUGGCAUACACGGACAGAGCCUCCUCCACAGCAUCGAAGUCGCGCAGUCGAUCACUCCUUUUCACCCGCACUUUCGCCUCCACGGAUGCGACCCGGCAACGCGGUGCGCGAUGGCGCUGGAGGUGGAGCGGUCCUCACACCUGCGCAUCAUCAGCAUCGCGCCUCCGCUCAUGACGCACAGCGGCGCAGUGUUUGGGCUGCCCGUGGCGCUAGACCCUCUUGUGGGGGAGAAGGAUGUGGAGCAGCUACGACAGAGCGUGCAGCUCGAGUCUCCGCUCUUCGGUAGUGCUGCCCAAGAACUCGUGAAGCCUCAUGUGGAGCAGAUGGUUGUGCGGUACAUCAUUCCCGAGGUGACGCCUGCCACCGAUGACGACACCGCCACUCCCACCACUGAGUUGUUCCCUGUUCACGGUCGCAUCGCCUCCAUGCCACUCUCAGUCUUCCGGGUGGUGUUUCCACAGCUGCUCAUCGACUACCUGCUCACGAACUCCGUCGUUCUGCGUUGA